AUGACAAUAGCAAAGGCACACCAAAUAGUAGUAAUAGGAAGCAUUUGGGGAAUCAAAAACAUCUUUCAUUCUCUUGUAGCCAUCUUAACCACUCUUUUAGUUAUCACAACAAUUUAUUUAACACAAGAUAGAGGAGAAAAACUAUCUCAAAAAGUAAAUGUCUCUAUUGACUCAUUGUCUUCAUCAAAAUGUGACUUAUUUUCUGGUAAGUGGGUUUUUGAUAAUGAAACUUAUCCAUUAUACAAAGAGAAUCAGUGCAGUUUCUUGUCAGAUCAGUUGGCUUGUGAGAAAUAUGGAAGAAAGGAUUUGAGUUACCAAAAUUGGAGGUGGAAGCCUCACCAAUGUGACUUGCCUAGGUUCAAUGCCACAGCAUUGCUUGAAAGGCUAAGGAACAAGAGGCUUGUGUUUGUGGGGGAUUCACUCAAUAGAGGUCAAUGGGUUUCUAUGGUUUGCCUUGUUGAUUCUAUAAUACCUUCAUCUCUCAAAUCCAUGCAAUCCAUUGCCAAUGGUUCACUAAACAUUUUCAAGAUCAAAGAAUACAAUGCAACCAUUGAGAACUAUUGGUCCCCAUUACUAGUAGAAUCAAAUUCAGAUGAUCCAGUAAACCAUAGAGUACCUGAAAGGACUGUUAGAAUCAAGUCCAUUGAAAAGCAUGCAAGGUAUUGGACUGAUGCAGACUAUAUAGUUUUCAACACUUACCUUUGGUGGAGAAGGCCUCUUAUGAAUGUUUUGUGGGGAUCAUUUGGUGACCCAAAUGGGGUUUAUAAAAGAGUUGAAAUGCUGAGAGUAUACGAAAUGGCUAUGAGAACAUGGUCUGAUUGGUUGGAAGUUCAUGUCAAUCGUAACAAUACUCACUUGUUUUUCGUUAGCAUGUCACCUACUCAUGAAAGGGCUGAGGAAUGGGGGGCUACUAAGGGUGACACUUGUUACAAAGAAACAGAUAUGAUUGCAAAAGAAGGGUAUCAGGGAAGGGGAACAGACCCUAAAAUGAUGCAAGUGGUGGAGAAGGUGCUUGAUGAUUUGAAAACAAAAGGUUUAAAUGUUCAAAUGCUUAACAUCACACAACUCUCAGAAUACAGAAAAGAAGGUCACCCUUCUAUCUAUAGGAAACAGUGGGAACCUCUAACUCAAGAACAGAUAUCAAAUCCAAAUGGUUAUGCAGAUUGCAUACAUUGGUGCCUACCAGGAGUUCCUGAUGUAUGGAAUGAGCUUCUUUAUGCCUAUAUUUUCAAUCAAUAACAAAAAAUUUCACAUGACAAAGCUUGGAAAAAAGCGUCGUGUGUGAAAAAGAUACCUUUGUACAACCUUCUCAGGCUUUUCGAUAAUUUUAUACAGCACACAUCACAUAAUUGUGAAGCACA